AUUUCUCCCCUCAAAUCGUCGUGUCAUUGCCUUCUUCACCAAAUUACCAUCACCUUCCUCCACCAUCCCAUCAUCAAACGUUGAUUGAUUUCCCUAUCCAUCGAAGCCCAUGAAAACCCAACCCAUCACUAAAAAUUUCAAAGUCUUGAAAAUUCAACCCAUCUCUAUCUUUUGACUUGAUGACGUUUUACCAUGAAUAUGCUCGCAUAGAGUGGGUGAGACCAUCGACAGUGUGGCGGACUAGAGGUAGUGAUUUGAGGGGUUAAGCUGUGCGACUCCUUUGGUUUUCAAUUUCAUUUUGGUCUUCUUGCAGCGUUGUUUGUCUGAUUAAUUGUAUGGGAUGUGUAUGUGGGAUUGAGAUCGUCGGCUAGGGAAGAAAUUCCAACAGAUUGAUGGUUGGGUGACUUUUCCAAAUAGAAACGUUGGGUUUAAUGCUAAUGGUAAUGGUUUUGGUUUGAUUGUGGUGGUGGCGAUUUAUGAUUUACGAUGAGAUAGGUGGCUAUGGUCGGUUGACCUGCCAGCGGAGAAUAGAAUGGCAUUUCCUCUUCCACCUCCAUUGCCGACUCAAAAAGGCUUUACGCCAACUAAAUCGAAGAUUAAAUCAUGCUUCUCUGCCUCUAUUACUAUGAAUCAUUCGUUGGACUGCCUCUUUGACGAAGGUUAUCGAGCAGAUGUCUCAAUCUUAAUGGAUUACGACAACGUCAUCUAUGCACAUGCUAGUAUUCUUGGUGCAGCUUCUCCUGUAUUGAAAGGUAUGCUAAAGCAAUCGAGAGGCCAUAGGCGUAAUCGUAAGCAAGCAAUCUCAAUUCGUGGUGUUCCACCCGAGGCUGUUCGAGUCUUCAUUCGAUUCUUAUAUUCUUCCUGCUACGAAGAAGAAAAAAUUGAGGAAUUCGCACUUCCUUUACUGGUGUUGUCACAUGUAUAUGUGGUUCCUCGGUUGAAGCGACUGUGUGAGUUGUGGCUAGAGCAGGAAUUGAUGAAUACGGAGAAUGUAAUCGAUAUCUUUCAGCUGGCAUUGCUUUGUGAUGCUCCUCGGCUUAGCUUCAUUUGCCACCGUUUCAUCCUGAGAAAUUUCAAACCAGUUUCUGCCUCUGAAGGAUGGAAAAUAAUGAAAAAGAGCCACCCAAAACUGGAAAAAGAAAUUAUUGAGUCUGUUAUUUAUGAGGAUGUUGCGAAAAAAGAGAGGUCAAGGAAGAUCAACGAGAGAAAAACUUAUUUACAACUAUACGAGGCAAUGGAAGCUCUUGUUCAUAUUUGUAGAGACGGUUGUCGAACUAUUGGCCCACACGACAAAAUAUUAAGAGACGAUCAGGCACCUUGUAAGUAUGAAGCUUGUAAAGGCCUAGAAAUGCUUAUUCGCCACUUUGCUCAGUGUAAGUUGAGAGGUCCAGGUGGCUGCAUCCAUUGCAAGAGAAUGUGGCAGAUCUUAGAAUUGCACUCUCGUCUUUGUGCUGAUUCCGACCUUUGUAAGGUUCCUUUGUGCAGGAAUUUUAGGCAGAGGAGAAGAAAACAGAACAAGAAAGAAGAUAUUAGAUGGAGAAUUUUGGUGAGAAAAAUUGUGAGAUCAAGGAGUAUUGCAGGAGCCCCAUUCUUUUCAUUGGAAUGCUAGAAAUAAGUGAUGAAAUUGAAACUAGAGGGAGCAUUUUCCCUUGUAAUGCAUAAUUAAUACCUUUUGUACAUCUCAAGCUUAGCUCUUAUGUUCACAGCAUUCCAUUGAGUCUCAUAAGACUUUCCUAAACAGUCUUCUCCCUGAGCCGAGAGGAAAGUUUUUCCAACAAGGAGCCAAAUUCAUUUCGAUUAUUCUUUGGGUGUUCGCUUUUCGUCCAGUGUAAAAAAUCAAGACAACACGAGGGGACAACCUCGCUCUAAAACUAGGAUUUUUCUUGAAAUUGAGAAUCUGAAUUAGAGUUUCAAAUUUCAAAAAUCAAAUUGCAAAUCUUGAACCUUUUAUUGACCA